AUGACACUCGAGUUUUGCGGUGUAAUCACUGGAUUCUUUAAUAGUAUACUAUAUAGAUACCUUUUUGAUAGUUGUGGUAGUAGGUAUAGAGCAGAAAGUGCAAAAGACAGUAGAACAAACUCUACCCCACGUCGUCCAUUCGAGAAGGAGCGUCUCGACAACGAACUUAAGAUUGUUGGUGAGUACGGUUUGAAGAACAAGAGUGAGGUAUGGAGAGUACAACUCGCCCUUGCCAAGAUCCGUAAGUCUGCUAGAGAGCUUCUCGUUCUUGACGAAAAGGAUUCAAGACGUAUGUUCGAGGGUGCUUCACUCCUCCGUCGUCUCCACAAAUUGGGUGUCUUGGAAGAGUCAAAGAACAAGCUCGAUUAUAUUCUCAAUCUUAAGGUCCAAGAUUUCAUGGAACGUCGUCUCCAAACUAUGGUUUUCAAGCAAGGUUUGGCCAAGUCCAUCCAUCAUGCUCGUUGUCUCAUCAAGGGUAGACACAUCCGUGUUGGUAAGCAAUUAGUCAACGUUGCCUCAUUUUUGGUCCGUGUUGAUUCCCAAAAGCACAUCGGUUACCAUCCAAACUCACCAUUCGCUGGAGGUAAGCCAGGUCGUCGUGCCAGAAAGGUUGCCAAGUCAAAGAAUGCUUCCAACGAAGAGGAAGAGAACUAA